UGUGAAAGGAGCCUGACUCCCUCCUCCCGACGAGAUACGUGUCAAUGCGGAGAGUGCAAAAUGUGUGCCGCGUUAGCAAAGACAGCUGUGAUUGGCUGCAAGUGAAGCUCCUGUUCCCCGCCCCAGCCAAGACUAUCUCAGCUAGCUUUCAUGGAAUACAGGAAUGCAGUACUCUAUGUGGACUCUGUACUUAGCAUGGAGACUUCCAAAAAGCCAGUUCUUUACACUUAUUUCAGAAGUUCCUGCUCCUGGAGAGUGCGAAUCGCUUUGGCUCUGAAGGGAAUUGCCUAUGAACAAGUAUCCAUAAAUCUUAUAAAGGAUGGAGGGCAGCAGGACACUGUUGGAAAUAUACGGCAUUUUGUGGGUUUUAUUCCUUUGACCCACAAGCUCUGCUGUCUAUUUCAGCUAGCCAUCAUAGAGUAUCUGGAGGACACCCGGCCACUCCCAAGGCUCCUUCCGCAGGAUCCAAAGAAGAGAGCUGAGGUUCGGAUGAUCUCAAAUCAUAUUGCUUCUGGAAUUCAACCACUGCAGGUAAGUAUCUUCUUGCCUUGGCUGCCUUCCUUUCUAACACUAUGGAUUUCAACUACCGCUUUGGAACAGAUCCUGAAAGAAACAGCUGGCUGCUACUGUGUUGGGGAUGAGGUGACCAUGGCAGACCUUUGCUUGGUCCCCCAAGUAUACAAUGCUGAGAGAUUUAAAGUGGAUUUGACUCCAUACCCAACAAUAAGCAGAAUCAACAAAGCUCUCCUAGAAUUAGAAGCAUUUCAAAGCAGCCAUCCUUCCCGGCAGCCAGAUACACCUCCAGAACUAAGAUCCUAAAGUUCUUCAACUGCUUGUUUUACUGUGGAGAAAUUAAUCCAAAAUUAAAUGAAAAUUUCCUUUCUUUUAAGAUUUUCUGGGGGAAACCUUGAGGGUUUCAUCUGGAAAAGUCUGACAAAUCUAAGGCUAAAGAAGAAGAAGAAAAGGCACUGUAAAUGUAGAGCUGGAGUAAAAUAAACUUUUGAUCAUGUGUGACAA